AUGCUGUUUUUCUGCUCCUAUUAUGAUCAUUUAUCCAGCUGUGAGACGCUCAUGUUCGGCUGGUUUCAGUCUUUAAAUUCAACGCAUGACAGUGCUAAUGAGCAACAAGCAGGUUUAACAUGUGACGUGAAGGAAUACGCUGAAUACAGAGGGAUAGAUACUGAAUUAAUGAUGUUUAUGGGAGUUUGCACGCUCCCAAAAACAAGAUUAGAUCAUCCAGGGUGUGUUUAUCAUCGAAAUGUUGGUUAUUGUGCGUCGGUAACGUCUUUUAAAACCUCGGGCACAGGAAUAACAAAAUACAGAAAAAGGGAAUAUACGGUGGCCUGGAAGUGCAAAACACAACCACAAAUCCCAAAACACGACAGCAUCGUCUGUCUUCUUCUUCUUCAUUUUAGUUUAAUGGCCGUUUACUCCGCUGGGGGUGGAGUACUACUGCCACCUGCUGGAUGUCGGAACAGGAAAGUAAACACGAACAUGGACUCGGAAAGCGAAAGUGUACUCGAAAUUAUCCAGCAAUAUUUUGAUGCAGGACACAAAUAUGACGUAAUAGUCGACAUGUUGUCGACUAUUCACGGCAUUAGCAUGAGAAUUCGAACGCUGAAGACCCACUUAAAAAAAGCUGGCUUGUUUAGACUACAACUAAACUACAACGAAGAAGAAGAAGAAGACAGACGAUGCUGUCAUGUUUUGUGA